UUAUUUCAACCCACCUGUGAUGACAUGAAAAAAUCAGAAUUGAUUUUCACUCCAAAUCAUGAUAACCGUAUUCGAUAUAUAACAGGUUCUCAUAACCUUGACAGCCUGCCUGAUAUUAACCUGCCAGAGGUUGCAUUUAUUGGUCGAAGUAAUGUUGGUAAAUCAUCACUUAUUAAAGCAUUAUUUAGGAAAGUACCAGAUAUUGCUGUUAAAGUUUCUAAAAAACCUGGUCAUACCAGGGUAUUACAGUUCUUUCAAGUAGGAAAAUAUUUAAAUUUAGUAGAUAUGCCAGGAUAUGGUUAUAAUAUGCCAGAACAUUAUGAAGAAUGUGUUGAAAGUUAUAUCCAAAAUAGAAGACAAUUAUUAAGAUUAUUUUUAUUGAUUGAUGCUUCUACUGGUAUUACUAAAACAGAUGAAAUAGGCUUGGAUAUGUUAGGAGAAUACCCAAAACCUUUUACAAUUGUUUUAACAAAGAUUGAUAAAGUUGGAUAUUCUCAGAUAAUUAAAAAUGUGAUGUCUGUCGUUAAUGAAAUCAAUAAUGGUUUUAAUAAUACAGCUUGCUUCAAACAACCUUUCUUAGUCAGCUCUGUUAGUAAACAAGGCAUUCCUCUACUACAAUCAUUUAUAGCUUACACCACUGUUACCCUG